AUGGAUACAGCCCCCCGAUACAACUUCAAAGACAUCAACGUCCAUGACCUCGAAGCAGCCACCCUUUUCGAGGUCAGGGGUUAUGUGGCCGUCGUCACAGGAGCAGGCAACGGCGUUGGCCUCAUGGCCGCUCAGACAUUAGCAGCAAACGGCGCUCGAGUCUACAUCAUCGGUACGAGGGAGGAGAUCCUCGACACGAUUGGGGAGAAAUAUUCCUUCAAAGGGCAGAUCACACCGUGCGUCCUGUCCCACUCCAUCCCAUCCUCCACCGCCCCUACUGACGAGGACGGAAUUCGUGGCAUCGCAGCAGAACUCACCAAAGCCGAAUCAAAAGGGAUCAACAUUCUCAUCAACAGCGCAAGCGUUACCAGCGAGCCCCGCGCGAAAAGCACAUCCUCCGACACCGACUUCACAGACCCAGACGCCGUCUCGAGAUGGAUGACCUGUGACGGGGCGGACGCAUGGCGCAUCGCGUACGCCGGCAACGUCUGGUCGCACCAUUUCCUCACAGCUGCGCUGCUGCCGCUGCUUGUGAAGGGAGCGAAAGCGGCACCAGGCCAUUCGAGCGUGGUGCUGAAUUUUGCUUAUUCGUCGAGCAAGGCGGCCCUGAUACACCUUACGAGGGAGUGGGCGCAUACUUUUCUGCCGUUGGGGGUUCGUGUGAAUUGUAUUGCGCCGAGCGUGUUCCCGAAUGAGAUUAGUGUGGGCAGGUUUGAUGAGGAUCGGAGGUCCAGGCAGGAAGAAGAGUUAUGGAGGAAGAUUCCGGCUGGCCGCGUGGGACGGGAAACCGAUAUUGGCAGUGUCGUCCUUUACCUCUGCAGUAAGGCAGGGACCUAUGUUAACGGACAAAUCGUCAACGUGGAUGGAGGUGAGUAUCAUUUCGUUCCUUCCAUUCGGAUCAGCUAA